CGCACUGAAAAGAGGAGGUCUUAUUAAAGGCAAAGUCAGUCGAGUGUUCGUAUUCAAGUCUUAUCGCUAUCGCUUUCACACACCCACGCCUCUUCCUGAAAAGAAUAACAAAAACAACGACUUUAUUCACUACUUAAUGCAAACAUCUCCCAGUUGACGUAGGCCGUUUUUAUUACGACGGGUGACAUUGCGGAAAUCCAUCAGAACUUCCACGGAACUGAAACCAGAAGCGGCGAACACAGCAGUGUAUUUGCUACGGCAGCUGGAGAUUAUUGCAGUUGUUUCUUCGAGCAAAUAAUGUAUCACAUAGUUAGAAAAAUGUUUUUUACGGACUGCCACUGCGCAGCGGAUGCGUCCAAAACCUACGAGGAGCUGUUUGCCAAACUCGACACGAACAAGGAUGGAAAAGUGGAUGUUUCGGAAUUGAAAGCAGGCCUGUCUGCAAUGGGCAUCCGUGCCGGGAAAGGAGCGGCUCAGAAAAUAAUUUCGUCCGGAGACCAGGACCAAGAUGAAGGGCUCACUUUCAACGAAUUCUCCAAGUACCUGAAAGAACAUGAAAAGAAGUUGCAACUGACCUUCAAGAGCUUAGACAAAAACAAUGAUGGUCAAAUAGACUUCAUGGAGAUCAAGCAGUCUCUCUCAGACCUUGGGCUGGAUAUCGGCAAGAAGGAAGCAGAGAAGAUCCUUCAGAGUAUGGAUGGAGAUGGCACCAUGACUGUGGACUGGAAUGAAUGGAGGGAGCAUUUCCUGUUGACCACAGCCACCAACCUUGAGGAGAUUGUCCGAUAUUGGAAACAUACGACGGUGCUGGACAUUGGAGACAGCCUCACCAUCCCAGAUGAGUUUACAGAAGAGGAGAAAACCACAGGUUUGUGGUGGAAGCAGCUGUCUGCAGGGGCCAUGGCAGGGGCAGUGUCCCGUACAGGUACUGCUCCCCUGGACAGAAUGAAAGUCUUCAUGCAGGUCCAUGCUUCCAAGAGCAACAAAAUUAACCUGGUUAGCGGUUUCAAGCAAAUGUUGAAAGAAGGAGGCUUGACGUCUUUAUGGCGAGGAAACGGUAUUAAUGUACUAAAGAUCGCCCCAGAAACUGCCAUUAAAUUCAUGGCCUACGAGAAGUAUAAGAAGAUGCUGUCCAGCGAACCAGGGAAGAUCAAGACACAUGAGAGGUUCAUUGCAGGAUCGCUUGCUGGAGCAACGGCACAAACGGCCAUCUACCCCAUGGAGGUGAUGAAGACUAGGCUGACCCUCAGGAAGACCGGGCAAUACUCUGGAAUGUUUGACUGUGCCAAAAAAAUCCUGAAAAGAGAAGGAGUUAAGGCAUUCUACAAGGGCUAUCUUCCUAAUAUUCUGGGCAUCAUUCCAUAUGCUGGGAUAGAUUUGGCCAUUUAUGAGAGCUUGAAGAAUGUGUGGUUGUCCCGCUAUGCCAAAGACACGGCCAACCCAGGUCUGCUGGUGCUGCUGGGCUGUGGAACCAUCUCCAGUACUUGUGGUCAGCUGGCCAGUUACCCAUUGGCUCUGGUCCGUACCAGGAUGCAGGCACAAGCUUCUCUCGAGGGUGCAGAACAGUUGCACAUGAACCAGAUGGUGAAAACGAUUCUAGAGAAAGAAGGAUUCUUUGGACUUUACCGUGGCAUCUUGCCUAAUUUCAUGAAGGUGCUGCCAGCUGUGAGCAUCAGCUAUGUUGUGUAUGAAUAUAUGCGGUCAGGCUUGGGUAUACAGAAGUAAGCGAAACAUGUGCUGUAGUCUGCUGUCAUUUUCAUGUCUGUCCGCAAACAAAUCGGGAAACUAUAAAAUGCAAAUAUUGACUGUGCCACCAGAGGUGAGGUAUCCCACAUUUUAAAAUGGCACUUUAACCCUAGCAUCCUUGCUUUAAGGGGUGUCAAAUGAGUCAACUAUUAUAGUAAUUGUUCAAGUGAGUGGAAACAGGAUAACAAAAUUAAUGCCAAUCUGUACGUUAUUUAUCCCACAUGACAAUUUCAGAUUUCGGUAUAGAUUUAGCAAGUAUUAUGCAAGUUAACAUAGCUGACUUGCUUUCGCAGGCCACAUAAAAUGACGCGGUGGGCUGGAUCUGUCCCCGGACCUCGAUAUUGACGCUGGUGGUGCAACUGACAGUAACAAUGCUACAUUUUAGGAUUAUAACUGAAUUCAGUGUUGAUUCGCUAAUGUUUUUUUCUUCACUUAGCCCAAUGGCAGCAGCAAACAGACAUCCGAUCCAUCCAUCUAUUUUCUUAACCAUUUGUCCUGAUUGGGCUCGUGGAUGAGCUGGUUCUUAUUUACACCCACAUUCGUGCCUGUGGCCAAUUUAACAUCCUCAAAAAUGUUAACAUACAAGUUUGUCAAAUGGGUUCAGAGCAAACUCUAAACUGAAAAGCCGGAGCUCAGUUUCACCCCUUCAGAGUUACGAGGCAGAUGUGCUUAAUCUCACUGCAUUGAUUCUCUGUCCACCAAAUUCAUAUACGGUAUUUUCAGUUGAUACUCGCAAAACCACCAUAACGACUAGGAUCGCAUGUGUGCCAUGAACCCUUGGGAAUCGGUAUAUUGGAGCUUAGGGGAUUCAUGUAAAUUGUCGUUACCUAUGUCACAGAAGGGCCAAGGAGAAUACAUUAAUCAUUUCGCAAAUUCAGUACUUGUAAGCGAAAAUGAAUACAGUCAGUACAGCUAAAUGAAUUCAUGCAACUUUUUAAUUGAAUGAUUGUUCGUCAAACUCAGCGGAUGAAAUUAUUUAGCCAACACUAAAGUAUUGUUUAGCAAAGCAAUCCGAAUGCCUGAUUGAACAAAUGGAGGCUUCUCAAUGAAGCAAAAGUUCCCAAAAUCAUCAUUGUUGCAUUGACAAUCUAAUUAUAGAUUUAAUUUCAAGAGUAAAUUAAAUAAUGCAGUUGGACCUUGCAAUUACUUGAUUGAAACAGAAGUACUCUCCCUCUGGCUACUGAAAUAAAUAUAGGGUUAAUGCAGUUCACUUUCAUUCUAAAAACUAUUUCCACCUCUUUUCAUAAAGUCAAUGUUUCUAAGGCACUUUUUGCACAGAUUGGAAAAACACAAACUUUCUGAUUGUGAAUGACUUCCCCUUUUCAGGAUAUCUCUUCAUAUUGGCAAACAUUUUUAGAAUUGUUGUGAUUUAUAUUGUUUACAACUUACCCACAGUCUCAUGGCACUGUUCUCGUCAGCUUUAAAUUGAGAUGUAAUCAUUCAAUAUGUUGUUUACAAGAAAAAAAAGGAAAGUCGAUUUCCUUUUUCAUUGUUUGAUUGUUUGCAUACACAUCAAUAGACAAGGGACCGAUUUUGUCACCUCUCCCAAAAAGUUCUUUGUUUUUGUAUUUUCGAACCAAAACAAGCACCUUACACCCCCUAGACAAUUUUCCUUUAUCAAUGUUAAAAACUCCCUCUUCACGCUCAUGCUCGUGUCCCAAAAUGCAGUUCAAAAUAUCAUUUUUGAGCCUAACUUACUCUAGUCAGAGUUGAGCUCUCUUUAAAGUGUAGACCAUGGGUCACCAACCUUUUUUUGAGUGAGCCUACCUCAUGUGUCCUGAUUGAUACCAAAUUGAUACACAUCUGAAAUAACAUUUAUACAAAUUACAUUUAAUAAUAUUAGAAUGUGUUCUUUUUCAUACUCAAUGAUUUUAAUUUUCAGGCUAUGAUAAUUUUAAAGCUGUCUCACAAUACUGCCAGUGUUUGCAUUUUUAAAUCAUAAUUUCUACUAGCAAACCACAAUCCUAGCACUGGCGGGCUAUUGGUGUGGUCCUCACGGGCUACCUGGUGCCCGCGGGCACAACGUUGGUGACCCCGGGUGUCGACUGUGUUGUCAUCAUCGAGGACUCCUCCUAAAAUCAUUGAGAGAUCAUGUGCCUUCAAUGGGGGGGGUUUGACACACAUUUUUUUGGCUUUUCCUCCUUCAUUUGAUGUUUGUGUUUACGUUAAUAAAGACAUUAAAUACGGAUGUGGUCGUUGAAUGUAUUAACUCGAGACAAAGAUGGCGUGUAUCAACCUUUAGAAAAAAAUUGUGAGCCUUGUAAGGUAAGCCAGAUCUAUAUACUUAAGGGGACAUUUAAUGGAAUACAUAAAAGCCAACUGAAUUGCCUUUUUCAAAGAUAAUGUCAGUUUUAAUGACAACAGUUAUAAAUUUAACAAUGUAUCCAUUCCUGCAGUUGUAUUUUGCAAUGUAUUAUUACACCCGACAAGACAGACCUACAUAGUGGAUCCAAAAAUAUUUGGACGGUGGCGACACUUAUCAUUUUGUCUUAAUAUUGUACACCAGUGGCGGAUGCUGGUCUGUCAAAGAGGGGAAGCUCAAUUUUGGCCAACAUCAUAAAAUGUGUCCGUUAAUAUAUACGUAAAUUCUACUCUCCGUUCCUUUUCAAGAAAAUGAACUGUGACCCUGUCAUACCAACAAGGCGUCUUUUCCUGGGACUUAAUUAGUGUCCUACAACUACAGGAACUACAAUAAAACCCACCAGAAAUAAAAGAUUAAUUUGUCACUUGUAGUGACUUCUAUCUACAUAAGUCACCACCAACUGCAAAUGUGUGAAUGAAAUGUUUUCAUAUGCUUGUCCGAGUUCACGCUCCAUUCUGGUCAUUCCAAAUUGACCGAUACGUGUGGGAGAACUGAAGAACUGAUAAUCGUUCUUCGACUGGAUCCUACUUACAUAUUGUCACUAGAGAACGCAUACAUAGCAUGUGAUUAUGAACUUACCAUGUUACACAUAUCCCCUUUUUCACACGGAGCAGAAAAGCUCUAAGUAGUGAUUACUCUAGAUUCCAUCUUAAUGUCAUUUACCUCAUUGAUGUCACUGCUCCCAACUUGUCUUAACCAGCCUACGAAGAUGUAACAGUGACUGUAUUGUGCAAAAAUUGUAUAGUACCAGGUCAUGAUUUAAGAAAAAAACA